AUGGUUAAAAAGAUCAGAUUCAGUACUAAGGUUGGAAAGACUGGUCAGAAGAAGUCUGGCGAUUUACCAUUGUCAAUGGCAAAAUCAAAGCAGUUAAAACUGAAGAAUUUGCCCCCAAAAAGUUGUCUAAAGAAAGGGAAGAACACUGCCCUCUUAUCAAAAGUCUCCACCUAUGCCAACGAUUUCUUAGGUAAGCUCUACCAUCAAGAAAAGGCUGCAAACAAUGAGAGUCAGCCAUCGUACAUCAAAAGCAAAUAUCAGACUGAGUUUAAGGCAACAUCAACACCAGUAGGUUCAUCUUCUUUAGAAGACAUUGUUGUAGAGAAUAUUUGCAGUGCUGAUAAAAUGGGUAAGAAACCACCUAUUGCUCACAUUAGUCGUCCCGUAUUACGAGAAAUCACUAACAAAACAAAUAACGUGGCAUUUGCCAAUCAGAAUGCCUACGUCUCCAUGUCUGCUGCAUCAGAAGCUGCAUUAAGGGCAAAAAGGGUGCCAUUGUCAAGAGUAAGAAAAGAUGCUAUUUCAAAAGGAAAACCUUUGAAUCCUACCGAAACCCAAAUUAGCAUGCAUAAACCUAAAGCAAAGUUACCUGAUCUACAACUUAAACCGAUAAACACGCAAAAGGUUUCAAGCAAAGUUAGGCUCAAAAAACAGGAUAAAGAAGAAUAUAAUACUGAAAUGGAUUCCUUAAUAAUUAGACUGCAAUUACACGAGAAUACGAAACAAAGCCAGGUGAGCAUUGAAAACGUAAGCAUUACUUCCGAAAAGAUGUCUGCCAUUAAAGAGCCUAUCACUUCGACCAAUAAGGCAUUAGAAAUUACAACUAACACGAACACAAGAAAGAGAACACGGAAGUCUAGCACUGAAAGUGGAAGCACGAAUGUCUCAUCUACCGUUGGUGCGGAAAGGCGUCUCUGCUGUCAAGGUCGUGAUCCCUUAUCAUUAGUCCGAUUCAAACAGGCUGCAAACUAG